AUGGAAUCAGAUUAUGGAGAAUAUGGGUUGGGUGAUAAUGGUUGGUUUCGUUAUUUGUUUGAGUCCCGUACAUUUUUGGCAUCUCCAUACUUUCAUGAUGAGUUUAUGGCGGGUUUGGUUAGGACCACAUCUAGAUCGGAGUCUCAAAAUAGUUUCUUUGGUAGCUUCUCUAAUGGACAUUCUAGCUUUGUUGAAUUUUUGGUGCAUUUUGAUAGUGAUAUUGGUGCACAGCAGCAUGCCCAAGCAAAACUAAAUGCUGAUUGUGAAGCUUGUUUUCCCGUGUUAAAGACACCAUUGGCGUUGGAGCGGCAUGUCAUGGGUGUUUACACAAUUUCUGUGUUUUAUGAUGUUCAAGAGGAGAUUUGUGCAGCUUGUUUUUCUUGUCAAGUGGUAUCUUUGAGUGAUUCUGAUGGUUGCGUGUCUUACGUGAUAAAAGAUGGUGACCAUCGAGCAUGGGCUGUCAAUUUAGUUUUGGAUGAUAAUUGUGCAAGGUGUUAUUGCAAGAUGUUUGAGAAGAUGGGUUUGUUGUGUAAGCAUAUCUUUUUUGUUUUUAAAGAUCGUGGUCUUGAGAGUAUUCCUUCUAGGUGUUUGGUGCAUCGGUGGACAAAGGGUGCAUGUUUGCACCCAAUAUUUGAUAUUGAUGGUAUAGUUGUUGAUCAAUCUGCGAAAGUGGAGAACGUUAGGCUGCUUACUAAUCUUAUGUGGUCUGAUAUUUAUGCUUGUGUGGGGUUAGCUGAUGGUAUGAUUGAUCAUUUGUCACAAAUACGAAGCGUUAUUAAUGAUCAAAGGAAAUUAUUUCUUCAAGAUGGGAGUGAUAAUGGCAGUAGCGUGGUUGUUGGUAGCAAGUAA